GGUGAGGUUGCCAUCAUAAUAUCUUUAACACCCGCAGUAUCGGAGUAUGUUGUGAAGACCCUAGUGGCAUUGGAGCUUGGUGUGGAGAUCGGAGUGAGGCUUGGAAUUCCGAAAGCUCAGCUACGGUCUUUCUUCCUCUCAGUCUGUAUAGCCGUUGAAGUUCCUUCGUCUUCCAAAGCAAACCCACUGCCCCAAAACCUUUCAACCUUUCCCACUGUUCUCUCUCUCUCUGCCUCUCAGGCAACAAACUCUUAUCCAAACGAAGGAGAAGGAGAAGAAGAAGAUUGAAGGGUGCAUGCCUGGGUUAGAUCUGCAAUAAAUUUUCAUUCUUCGGUAUAGAAGUAACCAGGAAAAGUGUCAGAGAAAGAGUAUGGGGACUAGGGUUCCAGUGCAGCACUACAAUCUGAGAUCGGCGAAUUCGUUCAUCGGAAGCCCUUUGCAUGACCUCAACACCGUUGAUGCUCGGCCUGCCGACAUCGAAGCCAUCAGCGACGUUGACCGGGAAGCCGUCACAGAAGAUAGCUUGGACAACGAUGUUGAUUCUAAUUCCGUUGACUGCAUGCAUGAAUCGUAUAGGAACUCUUUACCGCUUCACAGCAUAGAAGCUGAAGAAGAUCGCUCUGGACUUGAAAACAAUGGGCCUUCAAGCGGUUCCUAUGAUAGCUUGACAGUUGAAGAUGUUUCACCUAUUGAAUCAGCGAGGGCAAGAUUUCUACAAAUUAUUGUGGAUUAUUUUAUACAUGAUAAUGUAAUUGAAGUGGCGGAUUCUGAGGCUGACUAUAAUGUUCAGUCUGGACAAGAUAAACUGAAUAAGAGGAAGAUGAGAGAGGUUCAGUAUGAAGGCGACCCGAGGUUUGCAUUACCCUUGAUGUAUGUGGCAAAUAUGUAUGAAACUUUAGUUGCUGAUGUAAAUAUUAGGCUUGCUUCCUUGAAUGGUAUUCGUGAGAAGACCAUUGGAGUAGCCCUUGAGGCAGCUGGUGGUUUGUAUAGAAGGCUGGCUAAGAAAUUCCCCAAGAAAGGACCCUGUACAUUCAAAAGAAGAGAGUUGGCAACUUCUGUUGAAACUAGGACAAGAUUUCCAGAAUUAGUAAUACAAGAAGAGAAGCGAGUUCGUUUUGUGGUAGUCAAUGGUUUGGUUAUUAUUGAAAAGCCAAAUAGUAUGCCUAUUGAGGAUGCUGAGUGGUUUAAACGAUUGACUGGUCGUAAUGAGGUAGCUGUCUCUGCUCGAGAUUAUAAGUUCUACUCUCCAAGACACAAGUAUAGGCGUGUUGCAACAAACUCAGUGUCUAACAUCAAUGGUUUGCCUGUGAUUAAAGAAAAAAAAGAAAGAAAAAAGAAAGAAAGAAAGAAUGAGAAGAAGCAAUUCAGCAUUCUCACUGGUACAGCUGAUAUUGGAGAUUCCUCUUUUCAAAGUCUGAAGAUUUUCCAGAUCUUUUUCUGUAUCUGGAGCUUGCACGAGUCACAGAAUCGUGCACAUACAUUGAUGAUGAAUUUAUGUGCACAUACAUUAAGGACUUCCUUGUUUGGAUGUAUCUCCAGGUGGUUUUCCAAUAGAUAUUGUGCCUUUGGCAUUCGAUGAGGAUUAGUUGGAUAACAUAAGACAUUAGGAGAAAGAUACUUUAUCUGGGGAGCUUUAUGAUACUUUGGAAAAUGACUCUCAAGCAGAGAGGAGCAAGGGGAAGGAUUGUUGUGAGGUUCUAGCUUCUAUUUGUGUUUCAGAAAUUUGUAAGCAGAGAAGUGUAGCUGACAUGGGACUUCCAUUCUCUGAUAUGGUGCUGUAUUCUGGGAAAGGAUCGAGUCUUUAUGAACCCUAUUAAAUGUAGUCCAUUUGCUAUUCUAGAAGAGUAUGUACCUCCUUCACUUGAUUCCAUUGAAUGGAUUUUAGAGAAGGUAAAAGGCUUUUACAGUUU